CCGCAACGCAACCCUCGCCACCUCCCCAAAACGCCCCCGCUCGUUUUCUCUUCCCGCUCUACCCCCACUUCCGUCACUCUGUAUACUCUGUAUAUUUUUUUCCCCUUUCCUUUAUACCCAACAAACUGUUCUCUCUCCUCCUUCCCUUUUAUCAUGGAGGAGUCCGGCACUAAGAGAAGCCGGGAGGAGUCCGAGGAAUCACCGGAGGCCAAGCGCCUCCGUGCCGACCUAUUUUUUGACAUCCUCGACGACGACUCCGAUGCGGACGAACGGGAUCCGGCCACCCAAGACCUGGCCUCGGUGAUGAAAAUAUUCGAAGAGGAGAUCGCCCACCCGCCGCCUCCGCGGCCACCGGUGGCUCCGGACGCUGCGGAUCCGUCCUUGCCGGCGGCCGAUUUUGAAAAUCCCCGCCAGCCUGAACUUGGGUACCUGCUCGAGGCCUCCGAUGACGAGCUCGGCCUCCCCCCGACUGUCCCGUCGUCGUCCGACGAAGGCGGUGACGCCGGGGAGCCGGAGGUCCCCAGCAGCAAGGUGGAGGUGGCUGUGGAGGUGGAGGCCGAGGCCGAGGACGUUGGGUUCGGGCAGAUCUGGGCGUUCGACGAUGAGAUUUCUGGUUGCUACGAUGGGCUGGAGUUUGUGGCCCGGCAGCAGGAUGAUAGGGAGGCUGCAGUGGCGGCGGCCGACGAGGCCGUGUUUUUCGAUGGUGGGCUCUUUGACUACCCGGACGUUCUCUGCGGGCCGUCCGAUUUUGCCGAUGUAUCGUGGCGGUCGGAAUCUCUGCCGGCCAUCUGAUGACGCUUUCAGGUGGCCCUCUUGUUAGCUACUUCUAAAUUUUUUUUUUCUCUUUCUGAACAGGAGUUUGUAGAGUUUAGAAAAAUGGAACAAAGGAGAAACGAAAGGCAGAAGAAAAAAAUGGUUCAGAUGUUAGCAUCGUAUUCCGCUUGUAUUUCUGGAUGAACCCUUUUUUUUCUCGCUCUUUGGUCUUAUCAUUCGUUGGAGAUCAGACAGUCGAAGCACUAAACCUCUUUC